GCUCUGGUUCAUAUCUAAAAAAGUAAAAUUUGAAGAAAAACAAAUAAAAAGAAUAAAAAAUCAAAACUAUGGCAGAAUGCAAGCCUUUAGGGUUCUUAAUAGGUUUGCCAUUUGCUUUCAUUUCUUUGGUUUUAUCUCUCAUUGGAGCCAUUAUCUGGGUUAUUGGGAGUGUAUUGAGUUGUAUCAGUCCUUGUUGCAUAUGUUGUGCAGGAAUUGCAAAUUUAGCAAUGAGUCUUGUGCAACUUCCAGUGAGUAUCAUACAAUGGUUUAUUGAUCUCAUACCUUGUUGAUAUAUGUAGAAACGUUUUUUUUAUUAACAAUUAGUUUUGUUCAUGUAUAUAAUUAUUAACAUUUGUAAAGUAAUAAAUUAAUUGAUCAUGAUGAAGACCACAUUUUUGUUUAUUUAGUUCAAAGUCUGUUAUUCCUUUAUCA